CUGGGGCUCCCCGGGAUUGUUCACAACAACAGAGGAAGGCGCACCAGCUCUGACCAAAUACAGCCGAGUCGCGUUUGUCAGGUCCCGUUUAGGAAGCAUACAAACGGAAAGUAACGUUAACGCGUCCCCGCUGCUUCUCCUGCCCCUUUCUUCUCUGUGAGCUGUUGUUUGUACCGAGCUAGCUUUGUCCUUGGGUCGCUGAUAUAUAUUUAUACAAAUCGUUGUGGAAUAUGGCUCAGCAUGGACAUCAUGUAGCCAGUUCCCAAAAAGCACUAAUGCUGGAGAUGAAAAGUCUCCAAGACGAGCCGGUCGAAGGGUUCAAGAUAACUUUGGUGGACGAGUCGGACAUGUACAACUGGGAAGUAGCGAUAUUCGGACCCCCAAACACACACUACGAGGGUGGUUAUUUUAAGGCUCGGAUCAAGUUCCCAGUCGACUAUCCGUACUCUCCACCUGCUUUCCGUUUCCUCACCAAAAUGUGGCACCCUAACAUUUACGAGAACGGGGAUGUGUGCAUCUCUAUCCUGCACCCACCGGUGGACGACCCACAGAGCGGGGAGCUGCCCUCAGAGAGGUGGAACCCCACACAGAACGUCAGGACCAUCCUGCUCAGCGUGAUCUCUCUGCUCAAUGAGCCCAACACCUUUUCUCCGGCCAACGUGGACGCGUCCGUCAUGUACCGCAAGUGGAGGGACAGCAAGGGCAAGGACAGAGAGUACAUUGAGAUCAUCAGGAAGCAGGUGCUCGCUACCAAAGCUGACGCAGAGCGGGACGGCGUCAAGGUUCCCAUCACGUUGGACGAGUAUUGCGUACGCACCCAAGUCCCACCCACAGACGACGGUUCCAACCUGUUAUACGAUGAUUACUACGACGACGAGGACCUAGAAGACGAUGACGAGGAUGACGAUGAGGACUGUUGCUAUGACGAAGAUGACUCGGGCACGGAGGACUCCUGACCUCGCCUCCCUGUGAUGUUACUCCCGCCCCUCGUCGUCCCUGACCACUUCCCCCCCCACCCCUCCUUCCCUCUUCUGUCAUGAACUGAACUUUAAUCCCACCCCCUGACACCCCCACCCAUUCCUGAACCCCAUCAUCCUCACUUAGCACAGGCCCCCCCUGUCCACCUGUCACACGUGCAGUCAACAAUAUGCACACUAAAACCAGAUGCAUUGAAGAAAAGAAAGCUACAGAGUUGUUUUUGUUUGUUUUACGUUUCUUUUUUAAUUUUUUCAUUUCUGAGUAGAGGUUACACACAUGAACAGAUUGAGUUUUGACUUCCUCGCCUGCACUGAUAACAAGAACUGGCUUGAAUUCCCCCAAAGCGCUUUAUCUCAAAGUCCUGCCCCCAGUUUGGCUUUGAGUGGAACAAAGCCUGUCUGAUGGCCAAGUUUCUUUUUAAAAAUUUUGGCCAAGGAUCGGGCGUGCCUUUUCUUGACGUCAUCAGUCGGGAGGAAAGCAAUGUCACAAGUCAGAUCAGAGUAAAACAAGCAGAGGGAGCUAAUUUAGGAGAAAUAGGCGUACAGUGCAAUUUUGUGCAUGUGUUUAAAAGCUGAGUCACUUCCGUCUCUGAGCCGUGCGAGUGUGUAAGUGUGUGUGUGUGUGUGAGAGUGUGUAUAAGUAUGUGUGACCUCUGGUUUGAAGCCCUUUCAUGCUUCACCUCUGACCUUUUUGAGCCGCAGGGCUUGUGCUGCUCCAUACAGGGAAGUUAUCCAUUUCAAAAAGCCGUUCACUCCCUCGUGCCUUCCCUCACUCCCUUUUUCUCGCAGACCUGAAUGACUUGUAUUAGGGGUCAGGGUCGGGGGAUGCAUUCAGGCUCACAAGGUCUCAGGUGGGGGAGAUACUGUGCAAACAGCGCCCUCCUGAUGGAACAACUUUUAUUUAUAGCAGCACCUGUCAGAUUUGUUCGGGGUUAUAUGUGAGUGAGAAAGGUAAGAUCGAACAGCUGAACUGAAGAAUGGAAUGUAGAUGAGAAUCCCACAAACGUCCUCUACCGACCACCACGCAGCCUUCGGCGUACACGCACCUGCUACUAGAGGCCUGGACGCAUCAAGAAACGGCUGGCCCAAGGCUGCUGCUCAUGAAAUCAAAUGUACUGUAUUUAAAAACCUAUGCAGUCAGUUAAUCUACUUCAUAUGCAGUGCUUUAAAUGUGGCAGUUAAAGCUGAGCCUUUCCAACAGUGGCUGGAACACCUCGAGCCAGACUGGUCUGACAGCUCUCAACCCCAAGUCUGUAUCUGCGAGGGUUUCGGACUGACUGUGUCCUUGGUUUAGAGACAGACAUGUGCAGUCGCAUCCGUUUUUUUCUGUUUAUACUUGUUCGGUGGUUUGUUAUUCUAAGCCAGAGUAGCACAUUGUCUCCAGAGCAGAAGAUUGGACACCAGCCCUUCUCAGAGCACACCCCCUAGAGGUGACUGCGUGUACAGGAUGUGUUUUUGUUUUGUAACCCCCCCCCCAUUUGGCCGCAGCCAUCUUGACUCACCUGAAUCAGUGAUCCCUGUUACCUCACUGGAGAUCAGGUAGCAGCGUGAGUGAUUCACGAGAAGGAAAAAUCUGUCCAAUGUAUAUGUAGACUGUUUGUCUGUCUGUCUCACCGCCAGGACAAAGACAAAACGUUACCACCACCCAACAGUAUUUCUGAUAAAACUGUCAACAUCACGGCUGUAACCCUGUUUCUGUUAUGUGUGUGUGUGUGUGUGUGCGUGCGUGUGUGCGUGUGUGUGUGUGUGUGUGUGAAUAUUCUCUGAUCGUUUAUAAGGUGCGCUCAUUUAACAAGGCGAGAUGUGUGGAGAAGAAGCGCACAAACGAGAAAAAGGCAUGGGGUGGGGGUGUAGAGGGGUUGAUCUUUGAGCAUGAACAGGAGAAUGUGGUUCUUCACUAGCAUGCUGUUAUGACGUGUUUGUGGUUUUAGAUCUGCUAUAAGGGUCCCGGAUUGUGUCCAUGGACAAAGGUCCUCGCCUCGAUUUUUAUCUAAAACGGUUGAAUUGUGAAUGGGCUGAGGGUUGUCUGUUUUUUUUUUGUUUUUUUUUUGUUUUUUGGGGCUUCUUUUGCUGUUUUGAUGUAAUCUUUUACUUCCAAAUUGUGGUGUGAGCUGCAAUGUUUUCUAUCUUAUAUGUAUUAAGUGCUAAGAAUAUUGACCUGAUUGUUUAAAAACCCAGGAUUGUUUAUGGAAGAACAAAUAAAUAUACCAAUGGAUCACAGAAAUGUCAACAACAACAAAAAAAAAAGAAGAAGAAAAAAAAACAGAAAAAAGUUGUACAGUACCAAACUGACACAUCCCUAAAUAUUAAACACUCAAUCAAUAAUUGACUGAUUAGCGUUACACGGCCCUUCAAAUGAUCCUCCUUCCACCCUGUGUUUCGAUGUUUUCGGGUGAAUGAUAUUUCAUUUUUUUGUCAAACUACUGUUACUUCUAUCGUCUUUCCUCCCUGCUCGCCCCCCGCCUCCACCCCACCCCCAGUUCUCUGAGCCCUGAUUGGUGGCAGCAUCACUGGGGUGGGGUGGUGGGGGGGGACCCAGCAGUUAAUUACAAUAAAACAACAACAAGCACCUCAGGAAAGAAAAGAAACGACAACCAACAAACAAACAAACAAACAAACAUCCUUUUCCAUCUGAGUGAACCUGACCCCGGGGAGUCUCCCUUUCUGGCUUCACCCGGCUUCAAAGGACUGUUUACAAUCUCUACCUUGAUAUGCACAUGUGGAUAUUUUGACGAUCACUUGAUGUUUUUUUUUUUUCUUGUUUAUAUUUUCUUUUUUCUUAUGGUUUGUAAAUCUAUUUAAAAUCUGAAAUAAAGAUCUUUAUUAGA